AUGCCACUUGUUGCCCCAUUCCUCCCGGUCGACAGCACAGCUGGCAGUCGUCCCCAGCCAGGAGCGAGCGAGCACCUGCUCCUCGCGUCGCCUUUCCUCACUCAUGUCAUGCACCGCGCUGCACACUGCACUCUCCGCUGCGCUGCGCUGCGCUGCACCGCACCAGACUGA